AUGGCCAAUCUUCAUUCUCGAAUCCAGGAGGCCUCGAAGGAGGAACUCGUCCAGAUCCUCAAGGCUGUCUGCAGCUUCACCGACACCCACUACCACGUCAAGAGCGUCCUCGACUACCUCGACGACAAGAAGCAGUCGGAGGCCGCCGCCGCCGCCAAGCGUCGCCUGUCUACCCGCGCCUCCUUGUCCAACAAGAGCUGGGCCCAGCCGCUCCCCAAGACUGUGAAGCGCAACAUCAAGAUGUGCGAGCUGUGCGAGCUGCCCUUCGUCGAGAAGGAGAACACCAACGAGUCUUGCCUGUCUCACUAUGGCAAGUGGCUUCUCGAGUGCGAGAAUGAACACGAGGUCUGGUUCGCGGAUCUUGACAAGGCCGGCGAGGAGUUCACUUCCAACAAGGAGGCCAUGUGCAUCGUCGACUGCUGCAACAGCCAGCGUGGCGCCAGCAAGGGUUGCGUCAAGGCCAAGCAUGUCGCCUUGGUCCCUGAUGUCGACACCAGCGAGGACUCUUCCGACAACUAA